AUGUCUACUGUUGUUAUUGAUGGUCUUGAUAAUCGUACAACAAGUGAUACAGUUAAAAAUUUUUGUCAAAAUUUUGGAAAAAUACUUAAUUGUUAUAUAAAAUGUAAUCAAUGUAUUGUAACAUUUGCUGAGAAACAUAAUGCUGAAGAAUUUAUUCGCACAUCACCACAUCGGAUUGAUUCAAAUGGAGUUGUUAAUGCAACAUGGAAAGUUACAUUAAAUCGAACUUUUCCUUCAAAUCAACGUCCAACAAUAAAUUCAACGGAUAAUACUCGUUUAACAAUUCGUGGUACAUUUGAACAAUUAGAAGAACCUAAUCUUGUACGAUAUUUUUCACAAUAUGGGCAUGUACGUAUGUGUUUACCAAAUCCAUCUCAAGGUUCUGCUACAGUAACAUUUGAUGAUCGAAUAAGUUGUGAACGUGUUUUAAAAGAAUCUCGACAUUUUCUUAAUGGUCGAUCAUUAAUUAUUGAACCUUAUACAGCAACAACAACAACAACAGUAGAUGAUAAUGAGUCAAACAAACGUAUGAAAUAUUCUGAUCCAAACGAAUCAACACUAUCGAUAUUAACAUCUAGAUUUGAACAUGAAAAAGAACAAUUAUUAAAUGAACAAAUACGUCUUCAAAGUCAAUUUCAAGAACGUAUACAAUUAUUUGAAUUUGAAAAACAACAAUUAAAUGAAUAUUUAUUAAAACAACAACAUGAUUUUCAUCAUCAAGUUAAACAUUAUCAAUAUUUACUUCAACAAAGUUUGGAUGAAAUAACAAAUAAAGAUAAACAAAUCGAACAAUUAAAACAAGAAAAUAAAGAUAUCGAUGAUCUUCUACGACAAAGUGUUCAUGAUAAUGAACAACAACAAAUUCAUUUAAAAAAACGUGAAGAAGUACAUAAUCAAACAAAAAGAAAAUAUGAAGAACUUUACAAAGCUUAUAUGAAAUUAAAAGAUAAUAGUACUAUUCAAGGUGAUAAAGAUCCUAUUGGACCAAAAACUCCAAUAGCUAAUACAAAUUUAAUUAUUAAUAAACCUAAAUCAACUAUAGAUGAUGUUAGAAAGAAGUAA